UAAGUAUUAUUUCCUGCUUUAAAUCAAGUAGUACGUUAUUCUCUAUGUUAUCAAAAUUUAUGGUCAGGAGACAGUAAUUUUACUUGUUUAAACUAUUAGUCGUAACACGAAAAUGUAUUUUAUGCUCACUUCGGUGAUAAUUAAGCUUUAAAGUAUUUAUGCGGAAAUGGAAAAUAACGGUUUCCCUAUAAUAAAAUGAGUUCAGUUUAUUGGUUCAUCUUUAAGAAAACUGCAUCACUGCACACUUUCAUAUCGGUAGUUGUUGAUCUGUGUGACAGUAUUGUGGCAGACCUGACAGAAGAUGGCAGCUGGCAGCUGCAUUUGUUUAUGGACAUGGACUGAAAUGUUUGGCUUUGUUGUGAUCUGGGAAAUCUGUUGUGCUUUAUGAAAGCAUGAGAUAAUUCGAUUGGAGAAAUGGCCAGGGAUCGUAAAAACAAAGUUAAACGUUGUAAAACAGUUCGGUUGAAACGUAAUAGAAAACACUAUAAAUUCACUAACAACGAAUUGUUGUCUGCAAUCAAUAAAGCAAAAGAUCUAAUUAAAAAUCCACCUGAGAAAUCAAAAUAUGAGUCCUGCAAGCGCUGGUUCAUGCUCUCUAGUCUUCCUGAGUUGAAAUCUGGUCAUCAAAAAUUUGCACAUACGUACUUGGUACAUGAAUUGCGAAAAUGUCUCCUUAGGCAUGAUUGGUGUGGAGCAUGUAAAAUACUGCUUGUGCUGGUAGAUGGACCUAAAUAUCUUUCCACAAUUAUUUGGAGGUCAUGCAUUUUGGUUUUGAAGAACCAUCCAAUGUCAUCAUCUGACAUGCUGAAAGAUUUUGUCCGAAUGAGUUCAGGAUCUGAGGAACUGGAUAUGCUAUACUGUUUUAAAUGCUGAUCAGGAGCCAAAUGUUUCGGUCCAUAUAGUGAAGAGCAAUAGUUUUGAAUGUAUUAAUGAGAAAAGAUGGUUGACAAUGUUUUGUAACUGAGUCAGAACGGAACUUUUUCCUGCUGUAAAUAUAUUUCUGUAUCAAAUAUUUA